AUGAACAGCAUCGAGAACCACCUCACCAGCCUGAUCCCCACGCUGGCCGGGCCGCUGCCCCCCGAGCUCAUCCAGCUCGCCACCUCCCUCGUCGCCCAGUCCAAGAACCGCAUCUCAAACCUCAAGCCCAACGAAGAGAUCUGUCGCGAAUACGUGUGCGCCCACAUCGCCUGCGAUCGACUCCGAACGCAGCUCGACCUCCCCACCAUCACCCCGCGCCUCCCCCUCCCCAAAAAAACCUACGGCGCCCUCUACACGCAAUUCCAAAAGGCACUCCCCCUGCGCACCCGGCCCCCCAGCGCUCCCACCGCCACCACCUCCACCACCACCACCACCGCCGCCGACGGCGGCCCCCUCCUCCCACCCACACCCAUCACGCUCCCCCCGCGCUCCGCGCCAGCAUCCACACCCUCUGCACGGCCCUCGGCGCGCCCGGCGCGCACCGCCACGUGA